UCGAACCCCCAACCCUGGAGGUGUGAGGCCAACGUGCUAACCCUAAACCACCGUGCCCCCAAUAUUAGAACAAAGAAAUUAAAAUGAAUGGAAAUUAAGCUGAAACUUUAGCUCAAAAAGAAUUUUAUUUUUUAGGGCUUUUAAUAAUGUUCAUUAUCAUAAAGCAGCUUAACAGAAAUUCAAGAAAUAAAUAAUCAAAUUUAACUUAAAGUAGACUGGAUUUAAAAAUAAACUUAAAAAGGAUGUUUGUCUUCACCGUGUUGUUGUAGCUCAGCUGAGGAGUGAUGAAGUCAGCUGUAGUUAUAUGUGUGAAAUUAUAAAUGAUGUUUUUACGGCUCAUUACAUUUCUUCUUGUUCCUUUUCAUGUCAUGAGAACAUAUGUAACGAUGAUACUGUACAACAAAAAGUUUCCUAAUUACCACAAAGCAGAAAAAUAGUGUCACUUGAAACGGUGUCUGCUCGAGGCGUGUCCUAAUUAAUGGUUAUUCUAAACUGGGCCUAAAGUUACGCUCAAGUUGCUUCCGAACCUCUGAGCUUCAGGUUCAUGCUGCAUUAUUGUGGCCGUGUCAAACACUUCGUCUUUUUGGAUUAUCAGCUUCACAGUCUGAGUCCUGAGAGGAAAUAAAAACCAUUUGAUGAUUCAUUUGACCUCAAGAUCAGCAGCAGAGAUGAUGAAUUUGCUCUCUUGUGUUUAGACAGAGGAUAUACUCCCAUUAGGACAAUGGCCAGAAAAGUGUCUCUACAAGACACACAGAAACUGGUCGAACAAUACCGCUCAGAACGAGAUGAGGCUAUUCAACGAGAGAAUGCCCUCAAGGAGAAGCUGAGACAACAUGAAUCGAGAACAAAGUCGACCGAGACCGUCAAACAGAAACUCAAAACCCUGACGCUGGAGAACAAAGAACUGAGAAGGCAGGUGAAGGUGCUCAGGACUGCGAUAGGCCUGGAGACAAGCCCAAAUUUUCAAGGUAAAACCACCAAGGACAUCAUUAGCGACCUGCAGGAGAAAGAGCGAGAGUGUAACGCGCUGGUGGAAAAGACUGGAAGGUUGAACCUGACCAUCGACGAGCUGUCAUCCGAGCUGGCCAACACGGUCACAUCCAAAACUCUGCUGGAGGAAAAAGUCCAGUCGCUUCAGCUCAACCUCAAGGACAUGACCAACAACCAGCGUCGCCUGCUGAAGCUGUGGGAAGAUAAAAAAGCUCAGCGUGAGCCACUCUUGCUGCCCGCCAUCACUCAGAGAACCGUACAGAAACCGCCGGCUCAUAAAGCCGUCCAGACCGACAUGUCCAUCAGCUCCACACAAAUCCUCCCUGCAAACGUGUUCGAAACCAGACUGAGAUGGGAACCUGAGAAAAACAGGAACCUGGAGAGAAGAAACAUCACAUUACCCAACGGUGGCCAUUUAAAAUGAGACAUUAAUGACUUUAAUCAGAAGUGGGAAUUAAACAAAACCCUUUCGGCUACUGAAUAGUUUUCCAAAGGAGAUUUACAUGGACAUAUUUUACACAUCGGGAAUUUCUACAGAGAUAUAAGUAGUGAAAUAUGUACAUCUGUAUGGAAGGGUUUAGUUAUGGUGCAGUUUAU